AUGUCCGAGGAAAAGUCUCGCGUUUCUGGCGAGAUUGCCCGCGCGGAAUCCUCAUCGCCUGUCUUGCCCACGGUCAAUCCUGCGGUUGAAAAGCCCCAGCCGCCCAAGUCUGCGGUUCAUCCUGCCUUCUACGUAAUUGUCUGGAUUGGCUUCAGUUCGUCGGUUAUUCUGUUCAACAAAUGGGUUCUGGACACGUUGAACUUCCGUUACCCCGUUAUCCUGACCACCUACCACAUGGCCUUUGCGACUGUCGCUACACAGCUCAUGGCUCGCUUCACCCCUCUUCUGGAUGGCCGAAAGACCGUCAAGAUGACUGGCCGCGUCUAUCUCCGUGCGGUUGUGCCCAUCGGCCUGUUCUUCAGCCUGAGUCUGAUCUGUGGAAACUUGACCUACCUGUACCUCUCGGUCGCUUUCAUCCAGAUGCUCAAGGCCACCACUCCCGUCGCCGUCCUGAUCGCCGGCUGGUCUCUGGGAGUCUCUCAGCCCAACCUGAAGCAGUUCCUCAACGUGUCUGCCAUUGUUGUUGGUGUAAUUAUUGCCUCCCUUGGCGAAAUCAACUUCGUCUUGAUUGGUGUCUUGUACCAGAUCGGCGGCAUCAUCUUCGAAGCUCUCCGCCUUACCAUGGUCCAGCGACUUCUGAGCUCUGCCGACUUCAAGAUGGACCCUCUGGUCUCCUUGUACUACUUUGCUCCCGUUUGCGCUGUCAUGAACGGUGUCGUUGCUCUUCUGUGGGAAGUCCCCAAAGUCUCCAUGACCGAUGUCUACAAUGUUGGACUCUUCACCUUUUUCCUCAACGGACUCUGCGCCUUGAUGCUCAACGUGUCUGUCGUCUUCUUGAUCGGCAAGACUUCUGCAGUCGUCCUCACCCUUUGCGGUGUUCUCAAGGACAUCAUGCUUGUUGCUGCCUCCAUGAUGAUCUGGGGCACCCCGGUCACUGCUCUCCAGUUCUUUGGUUACUCCAUUGCCCUUGGCGGCAUGGUUUACUAUAAGCUUGGCUUCGAUCAGAUCAAGGGCUAUAUGGGCGAGGCAAAUCGACAGUGGGCUGAGUUUGGGGCUCGUAAGCCUGUUCUGCGCAAGAUCUCCAUUAUUAUUCUCGCAGUCUUCAUCUUCUUCUCAUUAUUCACUGCUUUGGCUCCCUCAUACGCCUACGACCCUACUAGGCUAACCAACACGGUUGCUGGGCUCGCCAAGACAGGUGCCCAUUAA